GAGCCCGUGGUUUAACGGCUGGGGGUUCAACCUGCCCAGGGGCCAGUCUCUGCUGGAUAAAUGGAACCAAGUCCCUGAUGGCAUUGACAUCCUCAUGACCCACUGCCCUCCCUCGGUUUGUUGUCUUUCUUGCGUGUUUGCAGGGUUCAGAGACUGGGUUCCUAAGGAGCUGCAGAGGGUGGGCUGUGUGGAGCUGCUCAACACGGUCCAGAGGAGGGUCCGACCCAAACUCCAUGCCUUCGGAGGAAUACAUGAAGGGUAUGGCAUCAUGACUGACGGCUGCACGACGUUCAUCAACUCCUCCACGUGCACGGUCAGCUUCCAGCCCACCAACCCCCCAAUCGUGUUCGACCUGCCCAACCCCUCCUCCAGCUCUUGAGAAUGACCUCUGACCCAGAGGGUGAAGUGGGGGUGCGG